AUGCCCAGUGCCACGGGAUCCAAUUGGGAGAAGUACCAGAAGAACUUUGCAGAUGAUGAAAUACCAGAGAAGAAAAUCACACCACUUACCGAUGAGGAUAUUCAAGUGCUCAAAACAUAUGGAGCUGCUCCGUACGCCGCCGCGCUAAAGAAGCUUGAGAAGCAGAUCAAGGAAAAACAACAGAGUGUCAACGAGAAAAUUGGUGUCAAGGAAUCCGAUACGGGUCUCGCCCCUCCGCAUUUAUGGGAUGUUGCCGCCGACCGACAACGUAUGGCCGAAGAACAGCCUUUACAGGUAGCACGAUGCACGAAGAUUAUCCAAGACGAGAAAGACCCCGAAAAGAGUAAAUAUGUCAUCAACGUCAAACAGAUUGCAAAGUUCGUCGUCAACCUUGGUGAGCGGGUUAGUCCUACAGAUAUUGAGGAAGGCAUGCGAGUUGGUGUCGACCGCAAUAAGUACCAGAUCCUGCUCCCGCUUCCCCCAAAGAUCGAUCCUAGCGUGACGAUGAUGCAAGUCGAAGAUAAGCCUGAUGUGACCUACGGAGAUGUCGGAGGAAGCAAAGAACAGAUCGAGAAACUACGAGAAGUUGUUGAAAUGCCCUUACUGUCACCCGAACGAUUCGUCAAUCUGGGUAUCGAUCCCCCCAAAGGCGCACUUCUAUAUGGACCUCCCGGAACCGGUAAAACGCUAUGCGCAAGAGCUGUCGCGAACCGUACCGAUGCCACCUUUAUCCGUGUGAUCGGUAGUGAAUUGGUGCAGAAGUAUGUCGGUGAGGGUGCCCGUAUGGUCAGAGAACUCUUUGAGAUGGCACGAACCAAGAAAGCCUGCAUCAUUUUCUUCGAUGAAAUCGAUGCUAUUGGAGGUGCUCGUUUUGAUGACGGCGCUGGAGGUGAUAACGAGGUCCAACGAACCAUGUUGGAACUUAUUACACAACUGGAUGGCUUCGACUCUCGCGGUAACAUCAAAGUGAUGUUCGCAACCAAUCGCCCAUCUACCUUGGAUCCUGCUUUGAUGCGUCCUGGUCGUAUUGACCGAAAGAUUGAGUUCUCGUUGCCAGACAUGGAAGGUCGUGCCAAUAUUCUUCGCAUUCACGCUAAGAGUAUGUCUGUGGAGCGCGACAUUCGAUGGGAAUUGAUAUCUAGGCUUUGCCCUAAUGCUACCGGUGCUGAACUACGCAGUGUGGCUACCGAGGCAGGCAUGUUCGCUAUUCGUGCUCGCCGAAAGGUCGCAACCGAGAAGGAUUUCCUAGCUGCAGUGGACAAGGUCAUCAAGGGCAACCUCAAGUUCAACUCUACCGCGACAUAUAUGCAAUACAAUUAG